AUGGCCGCUCCUCACUCAACGUCCCUUCGCGCUCUCCGUCAGAUUGCCCAGCAUCAGAGGGCCCUCCCUGUCGUCCGUCGCGGCCUUCACAUGACCGGAGUGCAGUCCGCGCAACCUGCCAACCCCGCCGACAGGGCCUCUAUGUAUGCCGCUCGUACUCUGCCCGAUUUGAAGCAGGAGUGCCAGCGUCGCUCGAUCCGUGCUGCUGGCAGCAAGUCCGAGCUUAUUGAGCGUCUUUCCAACCACGAUGUCCUUCAAAGUCGUGCGUUCAGCAUUGCAAUGCGCCGCAUCAACAGUAAUGCCUUUGCCGAUCCUGCCGUCCGUGGCUUCAACACUUCCCGGGCCCAAAAGGCCGUCGGUGACUCAUCCACCGUCGAUUUUAUUCAUUUGCCGAUCGUGUCGACCCUAGAUGCUCCAUCUUCUCGUCCGUCCGGUCCGCGAGUUCCGGUCCUGCCCGAUCUAUACUCUCAUCACGACAGCCCAUCCACCUCGGGUGCCCCACCUAUGAAACCCCAGAUCUACAGUGUCUCCGGCGGUGACAUCAGUGCCCCUUCUCCAAUGAGCGAAGUGGUGGAUAACCACGCCGUGGAAAUUGACCCAUUCUCAUUGACCGAGGCUGUGGGCCGCAGUCGAAUCGGCGAAGAGAUGGCUCGCUCCAAUGGGUCAAGGAAAGAGCCGGGGUUGGUCAAGGAACUCUGGUCCGGGUUCCUGGAUGAUGUGCUCGGUCCGAAGAACACCGCGGCUCGGAAGUAA